GACGUCGGGGAGCGCGGUCCGCUCUUCAGACACGAGCAGCGCGUUUUUCACCUGCGAAGACAUCCACACCAGCGCACACCCGCCAACUAUUUUUACACCUGGAUUAAUAUUACAACAGAAGCGUAAUUGUAAUUCCGUUUAGAUUAUUGACCAGUGCGGGUGGAUGCGUGCGCGAUUAAUUCUCCGGCGAAGAGGUGUGCGGUGUUUGUGUGCGUUUCGUGCACCGAGCGCGGCGCGUACACGCGGUCUGAUUUUCAACUAGGAUUUUAAAGUUGAACGUCCGAACAAUGGUGCAAACGCUGUGUAUUGUUCGAAAUCGGCGCUGCCGCACCAACACCGGCGGCGAUUCUCAGCCAUUAAUUAAUUACUAAGCGCAACUAAAUCAAAAGUUGAAAGAAAUCAACAAUUUAGACAAUUAAUCAUCGUUAUUCCUCUACAGAAAUCAAGGGAGAAAGAAAAUGGAAUGCUUCUGCACGAAACCACGCGCUGUCACAUGCAAGAUCGUCCUGCUGGACGAGCAAGAGCUCGUGCACGAGAUUCAGGAUAAUUCGGCCGGGCAGUUAUUAUUGGACGUAGUCACGAAACACCUCAACUUACUCGAAACAGCCUACUUCGGCCUACGCUACCUGGACCCGGACGGACAAACGCACUGGCUGGAUCCGUCGAAGAAGCUCUCGAAGCAGCUGAAAGGCGACGCCGACAACACGCCGGUGACGUUCUACUUCGGCGUCAAGUUCUACGCGGCCGAUCCAUGCAAACUCCUCGAAGAGAUCACCAGGUACCAAUUCUUCCUGCAAGUGAAGCAGGACAUUCUUCAGGGCCGCCUACCGGUGUCCUUCGAGUUGGCAGCUGAGUUAGGCGCAUCAGUUGUUCAAUCCGAAUUGGGUGAUUAUGAUUCGCGACGCCAUAUGCCCGGCUACGUGUCCGAAUUCCGCCUGCUGACGAACCAAUCCAUCGAGUUAGAGAACAAAAUCUCCGAUCUGCACAAGACGCUUGUAGGGCAAUUACCUUCGGUAGCGGAACUAAGCUAUCUCGAUAAAGUCAAAUGGCUCGACAUGUACGGCGUCGACCUGCAUCCAGUUCUGGGCGAGGACAAUGUGGAGUACUUCCUGGGCCUGACACCGAGUGGUAUCAUCGUGCUGAGGAACAAGAACACCGUGGGGAACUAUUACUGGCCGCGCAUUUCCAAGAUCUACUUCAAGGGACGCUAUUUUAUGCUGCGCGUCACGGAUAAAAACAAUGAUGAAAGUACGUAUGGGUUUGAGACACCGUCAAAGUCGGCGUGUAAACACCUCUGGAAGUGUUGUAUUGAACACCAUGCGUUUUUCCGGUUAGUGCAGGUGUCGCCAACAUCUCCAGAUAUUUUUGCUUUAAGCUCACGUUUUCGAUACAGCGGGCGGACAGAAAAGCAGGCGGUGCGUGAUGCCCAGAUAAAGGUGCGCACUCCGCCUUCGUUCCUUCGCGUCUCGUCGCGACGCUACCAGCGACGCGCCGGCGACGCCGCCACUGAUCCAACACCAGCGGACAAACCCAUCGAGCACCAUCAGCCGGGCGAAGUCAAAUACGUGUCUGUUCCGCAACCGGCUCAUUUGGAGCAAGCCCCGCAGCCGAAAUCCUGCUACACGCCUAUGUUCGCAACCAAGGCGCCGGAUUCGCCACGUAGUACACGAAGCGCACCGUGGACGCAACCGCAUUCCAGAGGGUUGUACAACACUUCGCUUCCGCCCAGUCCACGAUCGGUGCGGUCGGCCGGACCCAGGUAUCGCUCCUCGUCGGUUGAUAGUCAGAGUUCAAAUGAGUCACGUUCGUGCAAACGUAAAAAACAUCUGAGUCGGAUCACUUCGGAUAAUGAAAGUGAAUUAUCGAAGAGUUCGGGACGCUCACAUCGGAAACAUCGUAGACAUCGAUCGAGAAAUCGUAGAGAUUCAGGUUCGGAACAUGAAAAUCAGUCGCAUUCGUCACACAGAAGGAAGUCGCAGAGUCGUAGUCGUAAACCGGAACGCAGUGACAGCCAUUACGAGCUGGUUGACUCCGAAUCUCAAUGGAAGGCGGUGCAACAGGCACAACAACGGAAACAACAAACUGAAGGCCAGCAGACGAAUGUACAACGCGCGAAUGUUGUACGAAAUCGCCGGAAUUAUCAAGCUGUAGGUGCGGGUGUUCCAAUUAAUAGUGGUUUUCCCGGAAACCCGGAAAAUGAAUUGGACCAAGUGAAUAAUAAUCCUAGCCUACCUCCAGCGAGUAAUGAUGGUACAAUUGGCAGUGCUAGAGGGCGUAAAACACGCGCGGCGAAACCCACCGACGGAAAUAAAUGGCUGUCGGAUGAACUGCGCAAACAUUUGGAGUUUAAACUCAUCGACACUACCGGAAUGAGUGAUUCCCAGCUGAGGGAGACCUACACGGUGGUGCAGACUAAUCAUGCCAAGGCAAUGAAAAUUAAAGCAUCACAGCAUAAAACGUAAGAAACUACUUUCCUAAAUUACGCUUCCGGUUUUCGGCAAUUUUAUUUAUGCUUGUUUUUGUAGCGAAUUUCCGCAAAUUCGUGAUUUAAAGCAAACCGAACG